CAUAGUUUGACUAGAGAUGAACGCGUCUGUAUGAGAAUCGUAUGAAAGGCGCGUGCGUGUGCUAAAUUUGAAACAUGAAUUCGAACCUAACAAAAUUCUAGUACCUAGUUAGUUUUAAUUUUACAUUAAUAAUACAUUUUAUACAUUAUUUUGAGACAUGUGAAAUUAUUCUGCAGUAAAAUACAUCAACCGAGGAACACCAGCCAAAUUUAACAAGUCAUUCGGAAAUGGAACUGGACGAUUUUGGUGAGCCUACUAUUAACAUAACAAAAGUGGAUAUACCGAAAGUACAUACAAAAUGCAACCACAACCGUCCGCACACAAGUCCACAUGUAUCACCGGAAACGCCGAAUCCGUCUACAUCAAACCUUCAAAACACGACCGAGAUAGAAAAGGACAGCAUGAGAAAGAAUUAUGACGAAGCUACGACAAAUGAUAAGGACAACGACAAGGAUGGUUCCAUAUCUGACUGGGUUUCGGGGGGUCCGUUCGGCUCGAAAGGAGCGGUACUGGUCUUCCGAUCAUGUGUCCUAGCCUCUAGAACUCCUUCAAUGGAGUCUACCACAAAAACCGUUGGUAACAACACUGGAACGUCUAUCUUAUUGAAUAAGGCCAAGAAUAUGGCGAGGAGACUGGUCGCAGAGCCCCAUUCGUUUAGCGUUAGACCUAAGAAUGUAAUGCACGAUGUUAUGGAGACUUUUGGGAAUAGCAAUAAAUACACAGGCCAAGCAAUAGUAGUGAGACACGUUAGUGAAGCGGAAUUACCUAAGACUGAGUCGGUGGCGGAGCAAGGACACGAACCGGCCGAACACAAACGGGACAUCCAGGACGUUCUAAACGAUUUAAGCAAGAUAACUCUGAAGAAACAUCUGAAUAUCGAGAACACGACAGCACAGAUAAAGCCACCUGAAGACCCCCCACCGAAAGAUGAUGAUGAUAAGAAGUCGAAAAAGAUCAGAGCGAAAAGCAAACGCAAGACUCAGAUACAGCGCUCCGUGUCGCCGGUGCUGGAGAGUGAGGACUCCGAACAUUUGCUAGUCAAAGACGUCGACAGUAUCAAGGUAUUAGAAAGCACCCACAUGCCGGCCCGUCUCCUCAAGAUAACCUACAAGCUGGUCAACACGGAGACGAAGCUGCUGCAGAGGCUACUACAGGCCCACGGACUGCAGGAGACGACUAUAGACUCCAAAGACUUCAAUCUAUUGUGGUCGGGCUUGCAUCCCAAACCUGACGUGUUACGGUCUUUGUCGCCAUACCAAAGGGUGAACCAUUUUCCUAGGUCGUACGAGUUGACCCGCAAAGACAAGCUGUUCAAGAACAUCGAGAAGAUGCAGUACUUCCGCGGCCUGAAGCACUUCGACUUCAUACCGACCACGUUCCUUAUGCCGGCGGAGUACAAGGAGCUUUGCACCACGCACUACAGGACGAAGGGACCCUGGAUCGUGAAGCCGGCUGCCUCCAGCCGAGGUCGCGGCAUUUACAUCGUCAACACGCCAGAACAGAUACCGAAGGGCGAAAACGUGGUGGUAGCGAAGUAUAUAGACAAGCCCCUCCUCAUAGGGGGCCACAAGUGCGACCUCCGCCUGUACGUGUGCGUGACCUCGAUGGACCCCCUCCUCAUUUACUUGUACGAGGAGGGCCUGGUCAGGUUCGCCGCCGUCAAGUACGACCACACCAACAAGAACCUGUGGAACCCGUGCAUGCAUCUCUGCAACUACAGCAUCAAUAAGUACCACACGGAUUACAUUAAAUGCGACGACCCGAACGCUGGCAACAUCGGUCACAAGUGGACGCUGUCGGCGCUGCUCCGGCACCUGAGGAAGCAGGGCCGGAACACCACGGCGCUGAUGGCCGCCAUCGAGGACCUGGUCGUCAAGUCCAUACUGUCCUCGGCGCAGACCAUCACCGCGGCCGCCAGGGUUUUCGUUCCCAAUCACUUUAACUGCUUCGAACUUUUCGGCUACGACAUCCUCAUAGACGACGUGCUCAAGCCCUGGCUGCUGGAGAUCAAUCUGUCGCCCAGCCUGGCGUGCGAGAGCCCGCUGGACGCGCGCGUGAAGUCCGCGCUGCUGGCGGACACGCUGACGCUGGUGGGGCUGCCCGCCGUGCCCGCGCCCGCCGACCGCAGCACCUCGCUCAAGAUGAGGAUCGGCGCCUGUCGGCGCGUGCACUCGGCAGAGAACGUUUGCAACGGCAAGGGCAACGCGGCCGCCCCCGCCCCCGCCCCCGCCGCGGCGGGCGCGCUCAGCGGGGAGGAGGCCCGCCUCGUCAGGGCCGUGAAGGCGCAGUACCAGCGCCGCGGCGGCUUCGUCAGGAUCUUUCCGAGCCUCAACUCUUGGCAGAAGUAUUCUCAGUACUUGGAUCCUGUGUCCGGUGUGCCGGUGUGCUCCACGUCCCUCCGGGGCGGCGGCGGGUACCCCGUGGUGUCCCACAACUACAACCUGGUGCUGCACGCGCAUGCACUGCCGCGCACCGCGCCCGCCGCCUGCCUCACGCACACGCCCGCACGGUUAAAGCGUUACGAAGCGGUGAGCGUGACGUCCACGGCGCCGGCCAUCAGGCUGUGCGAGCCGGCACCCCCGCCGCAGCACGACGCGCGCCGCGCCAAGGAGCUGGUGCGGGAGCAGCUCGGCGCCGGGAUGACGCUCACUACGGGUGAGAGCCGGCGCUUGUUCGGCCUGUACUUGUCGCUGGUGCUCAAGAGGAUCACGAGUGCUCACAGCUCGGCUGCGCGACACGCCGCGCUCGUCCUGCGUUUCCUGCGGCGAGCCUCAGCCGCGCUCCGCCUGCCCUACCACGUGCAGGGCCCCCCCGCCAAGAUGUGCGACAAGGACCGCUGCGCCGUGAUCGCCAAGCAGCUGAACGACUUCCUGUACAUGUACCACCGGGAGACGGACCUCUGCACCGACGGCGAGGACCGCGCCGGUCGCGUCUCCAAUAUACACUUCGCGCAGUUCCUGUCCUCCGCCAGCGAAGCCGACCUGGAAGAGAUCCUGCUGCUGGUGCUGAAGACUGACAAGUACACGAUCAAGUUUCUGGGCGAGUCCCGGUGCCAGCUGUGCGUGGACAUGCCGCCCGACAGGCUGGAGGGCGACGCGUGCCGCCCGCAGAGGCACGCGCUGCUGCGGCACCUCGCCGCGCUCGUGCCGGCCAGCAGCCGCCGCUACAGACCAUCAAUUGACUCCCAAAGCCGCUCAGAACCGGAGGAUCGAGAGCACUCCCCGACCCCCCUCCCGAGCUCCGACAUCGUCCUAAAAGAGUCACUCAAAGAAGAAAAACCUUUCACGCAAGCUCUCAAAUACGCGAGGUCAUAACAUACAAUGAUAAAUAUAAAAUUAGCCGUAUUUUCAAAACAUGGGUCUGCAGGCAACACUGAAGAUGUUUUUUUUAUUAUACUGGCAAUAUUUGGCAAUAUAUGUGUUCAGAAAACUGCAAUAAACCAGUAAUUUAAAUUUAAUUUCUAGAUUCAAACAUGGGUCUCUUAAAAUCGUAGCGGGGAUGUGACUGAAAGUUACGUUGACCCAACAUUUUAGAGCCUCACAAUUGUGUGACAACGUAGCUGGAAAGAAUCUCAAAUUGAUAUCAGUUUAGAACAUAGUGUGUGUGUGUUGUGUUUGAUCAAAAUUAUUAAUGCGCAUUCGUGCCGCGAGAGGGCGGUCGGGUAGGUAAUUAUCAAACUACCCUGAACUCUAGUCCCAAUUAGUUAAUACAAUGGUCAGUGUUGUAAACAUGAAGUUUGUAUAGAAACCAAAGGUAAAAAUACGCCUAACAGCUGCCGUUGCUUGUCUCUAUCUAAAAAACUAUUAGGAUUUGUAGACUAAUCUAAAACAUUUCCAUAUUAAUUUGUACUAACGAAAAAAGGGGUAAAGUCGAUUCACAAUGGCGAGACUUGCCUGCUGCGAACAACAUGCGAGAUUCUUCUAAUAUUUAAACAAAAUUAAUGUACUUAGAUAGAUGUAUCUUUGAAAUAUCAGUAAUAUUUAUAUUCACUUUUACGCGCGGCUUCAUUCGCGUUAAUAUACAAAGAAAAACCGCUUGAAUAGUAUAAUUUUUUGUGAAUGGAUAGUGCAGUGGCUUUUUCUGACAAUGUGCGCGCGUAACUAGGACCGGUCGUGCAGUUGAGGCGUGUAUGCGUGACAAACUCACUUUCGCAUUUAUAGUAUUAGUAUGGAUGUAGAUAUAUGAGGUUACUAAGUCAAGUUAUAGUUACCACGAAGGUGCUGCGAUCAGUGACGUCACUUGUGGUCCCUCGGGACGGAUGUUACAAGUCGGCGGUACUUACGUCAGAAAUAAUACAAGUAAUUGUGAUUCUAAAUCUUAAUGAUGAAUAUUAAUCGUUUAAGAGUAAUUUAUUCAUUAGCUUUCGUUUGUUUGAUGCUGACUUAAAUUUCAACAUUUUGCCUGAAAACUAUUUUUGUAAACACUUGUAAUGCGUAAAGUAUAUUACAUACAUAGACAAGUAUAUUCGUGUAGAUUCAUGGAAAAUUGUAUUUAUUUUUAUCGGAAAGUAUAAAUUAGAAGAGUAUUUAUUUACAUUAGUACAUGCCUUAAACGCUAGCUUUACAUGCAACGAAAUUACAAUUUUUUGAUAUAAAAUAGAUAUUUGUAGCGAGUUUGAACAUAUUAUUCGUGUUCCUCACUAAGUAUAUUGUAGCAUUUGUAGUCUCCUAAAUUAUCUAUAAAAAUGUUUUUGUGUUUUAUUAGAUUUUCCUGCAUUUGUUUGAAAAAUUUAGUUUAAAAUUUUUUGAGGGUACUUAAAUAUUUAAUUUUAUUUUGCGGUUGUCUCGAGUAUAUCUGGUUAAUAUUGUAAUAGUUGAUCGUUGUUAGUGCAUCUCUAGCAUUUAUGUAAAAAAUUCCAGUUUUUGUAUUAUACAAAUUUUGCAUGAUUUCAAAUAUUUAUAUAGAAAUACUAAACUAGGUAUCUAUAAGAACUUGACACACAAUGCUAGUCGUUACUCUCUUGCACAUAAUAUUCACUAACACAAAAUAAUAUAUGAGAAAGGAAUAUUUAUAUUCAAAAUAUAUUAUUGAAAAGAAUCUAUUAAGUUAAAUUUAGGUAUUAUUAUUUGUUGGAUUUAAAAAAAAAAUUUCAAGAACUGCCGUCCUUCGACUUAUUAUUUUGGUUGUUUUUAAUUUAUUUUAUAAUUGUAAGUUUUAUUGUAUGCCGCGUGAAUCGAAUAAGGUUAUUACUAUAUCUGAUGUAAAAAAAAAUAUAUUUUUGGAAUGAAAAAAAAAUUACAAAUAAAUAAAUUCUGGAACUUUUUUUUGUUUAAAACUUAAUUCCGAUAAUUAAAUGAAAUAAAACAGAUAAAUGUGCCGUCUUGUUAUUGUACGUAAGAAUAUGAAAUGUCGGAUCUACUACAAAAAAAUAUUUAAAUGCAUUCUUUAAUUACGAGUCGACCUUAAUCCAGAGCUCCCCCACCCCAGUAGUAAUUGCCGAAGCACAAAGUGAACUCUGCGAUUGUCUUUAUCAUAGAAUUAUUAUUUUGUUUGAAACGCAUAGAACAACUCGGAACAUAGUUUUAGCGCAAAGCAAGAAUGUGUCUGUAAUUUAAAAAAGCAGUAUUUUCAUAGACAUGUAUAAACGUUUUCAUUUUGGCUUAAUUGUAAUUCGCAAUGUUACCAUGACCGGUGCCAUAGAUAACAUUUCCAAUUUAUUGUAACUUUAUUUGUUUCAGUACAAAUUUUGACUUUUAGUGAAUCUCAAAUCGAUUAUUCAACUCAAAUCUAUAAUUAUAUUGAUUACAUUUAUGCUUUUUGAAAGAUGCUGAUUAAAUAUUGAGAAAUA